UGCUAGAAUGUUGUUAUUGUUACGAAGUUGUGUAUUUACAGGUUUACAUCUUGACAGAUGUUAUAUAAGUUAGAAUUAAUACGGAAAAAUGAAUGAAUCACCUGAAGAAAUUUACAUUGGUUUAUUGGAAAAAAUAGAUGAAACAGAAAAAUUAAUUGAAGAAUGUAAAAGGUUACCUGAUAUUUCUGGUAAAUCUAAGUUGCAGCGAAAAAUAGAAGCUGAACUCAAAUUUCUUAAAAGACUCACGAAGAAUCGAGAUAAACUAAAGGUAGAACACAUAAGAAGCUCAAAUAUUUAUCAUCUAUCUGCGAUAGUCCGCAGUUGUAUUGAAAUGCAAGGGGUUAUAAAAGUUUUGGAAACAUUUUCAUAUGUAAUAGAAGAUGAUGAAGAUGAAGCUUAUGAAGUGUCCUUAACAGUUGAUAUAGUUGCUGAUUAUGGAAAAACUUGGGUCAAAGUUGCUACACGUAAUCCUUUCCAUUUAUAUCAAGCCUCAGUUGGUCAUGGAAAAUAUGGGCGCAAAUCUAUCACUGAACAGAUUGAAGAUAUGAUAGAAUGUGCAGAACAGAAUCAUCAUAUGUUUGCAGCCCCUAAAAUAGUUGUUCGUUUAGCUGCAGGUGUAACCAAAGAGCUUAAAGAACUUCUAGAUGAACUGGGUGCUCAAGUUAUUGGAGAAAUAGUUAGUUCAGAAACUGAAGAAAAUGUUAAUGUUACAUGCGAUAAACAGCAUGAUUUAGUUGAUAGCUUAGAAAAUCAGCUAACUUGCUUAGAAAAUAUUCAUUUAAAUAUUGAUGAAGAUUCAGAGCAUUGUUCUAGUGAUAUUAUUUCUUCAGAAUCCAAUGAAGAAAGUAAUUUUUUCAAUUUACAGUCAAUACCUUCUGAAGCAGUUCUAAAUUUAGAUGUAUCCACAUUUUUAGCAUAUGUAUCAAAUAUGACAAAUGGACAUUGUCAUGCAAAAUAUAAAGAAAAACUCUUAAUGGAUUUAGCGGAGAUGGAAAGAGCUCAUCCUGUUAAGCCUGUAUUAGAUCAAUUAUUUCAAGGUAGAAAAUUAGUUUGUUGUGAAACUGCUCAUAGGGAUUUUCUGGAAAUCCUUUCAACAGUUGGUGGUGAAACUGAAAAACAAAGAGCUUCUGAAAUGCUGGAUAAAGUUUCAGUUAUUCCAGACAAUCCCUCCCCUAAAGCUCUUGCCUUGGAAAAGACCAGCAAAAUAAAAGAAAGAUCAAAGAUUGUAUUUGGUACUGGGGAUUCUAUGAAAGCUGUUACUGUUAGUGCUAAUUUGGGCUUUCUUCGAGCUGCACAAUCUCAGGGUAUUAAAUUUGUUGCUUUUGUACAUGAAUCUAGAGCUCUGACUGAAUGUAAAGAACUGAAGAAUGCUGAUAAUGAUUGAUAUUUAAAUAAAUAUCUUUCAAAAUGUGUGCAAAUAUUUAUGCUUUUAAUGUGAUAUGUAUAGCUUUUGGUGAUACUGGUUUCCUUGAGCAUCAAAAUGUCUAAAAUUUUCAUAAAUAUUUUGUAAUUCUUUUAUUCAUUAUUUUACUAUAGAAUCAAACAUGAAUUUUCAAAUUCAAAGACUAAUUAAGUUUGUAUAGGGAUAUUAAAAAAAAUAAAACAUUUUGCAAUUUAGAUUUUCAUUCAAAAUAAGCCAAAGUUAUUGGCAUUUAGUAUCUUUUUAUUUUAAUGAACUAAAUAAUAGCUAAAAUGAUUUUUUAUAACUUUUUUAAAAGUUGUUGUAAAUUUCGAAAUAAUAAUGUCAUGUUGUUAAUUAAUAUGAAAACAUUUGCUUCUAAUCAGUGCCACUGAAAAUAUUUCAAAGGCAACUAAUGAAAAUUGGAUACUUGUAUAUCAACCACAUGUCUUUGACAAACUUUUGACUUAACAGCAUGACAGUGUUGAACUCUACAUAUAAUUGCAUGUCAUUAAUAAGCAUAGUCAAUAAAGUAAUGUGAUGUCUUUGGCAAUUAAUUGCUUGUGGCAAUAAGCAUAUAUUUACCAAUUACAUGCAAUUAAUACAAAAGUAAAAAGUGAAAAUUGUUCAGGAAGUAACCAAUUGAAUCAAUUCAUUUUUAAUGAAUUAUUCUUUUGGAUUUUUUUAAUUACUACUAUUUGUUCAUUAGUAUUUCUGCAAUAUGAUAAAACAAAUUUCAAAAUGUCUAAAUUUUCAUACAAAAACAAAAUUAACGGGUAAAAAUUAAUGGGGCUUUUAAAGUUGAUAAUAAAACUAACUCAAAUUUUUAAAAUAAAGGAUUUUUUUUAAAAAUUUUUCUUUAAAAUUUCAUCAAAUUUGUUUGUAAGAUUAAAAGAAAAAAAUCUGUAGAACUUGAAGUAUUCCAGUAAUUUAGUACUGUGGGGAGGAGCAAAGAAAUGGAAUGGAACUACAAUGAUAUGAUUUAUUUGCAUUAACUAAUUAAAUUACAAAAUUUUACUGGCCAUUUUUGAUUAUAUAUAUAAUUAUAAAAAUGUGUAGAUAAUAAUUUAAUCUUUCAUCUCCUUACAUGAAGGCAUUUUAAUGUAUUUCUUAAAUUUGAAGAGAUUAUUUAAUUUUUUAUUAAAAAAAUAAUUUAAAAAAAAUAAUAAUAAUAAAGAAGAGCAGAAAUCGAAAAAGAGGAUAAGAAUCAAAAAAAAAAAUGUCUUUCUAAAGCACAGUGUACAGACUCUAAUUAAAUAAAAAAAGAAUGGAAAAGAAAUAUUCUUAUCAAUUAAGAAUAUUUGUCUAAAAAUCUGUCUGAUGUUUUUUCCCUAAUGUAAACUUAAUAAGCAUAUUAUUUAAAAUAGUAAAUCAGAUUAAUUAUAUGUUUUUCUAGCAUGCUUUUUUUGAAAAAUUUAAUAUAAAGCAUUCAAAAUAUGUGUUGAGUAUAAUAAUAAAUGCAACAUAUUUCUGAUACAUUAACAAUAAACUUUUAGUAUCAUUUUGAAUAGAAUUGAUUAUCUGAUAUAUAGUUCUUGCUUCCACUAUAUUCCUCAAGUUUACUUGUUUCCCAUUUGCCCUCCACUCACAUACUAUUGUUUGUUUAUUUUUUCUUUCUGAAUUUUAAAAAUGCUUAUUUACUUUCAUACCACAUGUUGCGGCUAAUUUUGGCUUUCAAAAAAUUUGUUUGAACCAAAUUGUUUGGAACUAUUUUUUUGUUUGGUGUAAGUAAAAUAGAUGUGUUUUAUUUCACAGUGUUAAAAUUUAUUUAUAUUUUUCUGUGCUAUAUAUUUUAUUCUAAACUUUAUAUUGUUGUUCUGUUUAAAAUGCUAUUCUUAAAUUUAUUUGAAAAGAUAAAUUUUAUGCUCUAUUAUUUCAAAGUCAUGAAGUUAGCUUGAAGCAAUUUUAAUGAAUCUAGCUUGGAAAAUUACAUGGUGAGUAUGAUAAUGUUCGAUUAAGACUACUACAUUGAUUGAGUAAGAUUGUUAGCACUUUUGAGUUAAGAAACAUUGAUAAAUGCAUUUUAUUGCAUAGAUUUUGACAAAUGAAUUCAAUUAAAUAAUUUAUAUGAAGUACAUUUGAGAACUGUGGGCAUGUAUGAAAUAUUUUUUUAUUUUCUGUCAUAAUAAAAUUUAAUUCAUUG